AUGUUGGUCAUUCAGAUUUCCCCAUCAUUUAUCUGCUAUUCAACGGCGAUGAGUUGGUUUGCAUGGUGUAAGCAAAUGGAUCUACAAUGGGAAAAUGUUCAAGUUAUCAACGACCUGGCUAUUGUAUUCAUUUGUAUUCACAAUUCGGUUAGUGUUCUCUUGGCUCUUUCAAUGAUCAGUGCAUAUCGAGAAUAUUUAAUGGCUCCCUUCAAGAAAACAGUGUCUCGUCUACUUUUCCUAAGAACAACGGGAGCAGCUCGUGGACAGACCUCAAUGAGUAGUCUAUCAAUUGUCGUUCAACCACUUGCAAAUCCGAGACAACAAGUCGAGCUACGCAUGAUUCGUAUUUUACCAGAUGCUAAU